AUGCGGAGUCUCAGCGGCCUGCUGCUGUUACUGACUGCCUGCCUGGCGGUGAAUGCCAGCCCCAUGCCCACAUUGCCCGAUGACAUUCAAGUGCAGGAGAACUUCGACCUGUCUAGGAUCUACGGGAAGUGGUUCAAUGUGGCCGUGGGCUCCACCUGCCCGUGGCUGAAGAGGUUCAAGGACAAGAUGACCAUGAGCACAGUGGUAUUGAAAGCGGGGCCGACGAGCAAGGAGAUCAGCGUCACCAACACUCACAGACGGAAAGGUGUCUGUGAAUCGAUCUCUGGUAUUUAUGAGAAAACAAGCACUGAUGGCAAGUUUCUGUUUCACAAAGCCAAAUGGAAUAUCACCAUGGAGUCCUAUGUGGUCCACACCAACUACGACGAGUAUGCCAUUUUUCUGACCAAGAAAUUGAGCCGUCGCCAUGGACCCACCAUUACUGCCAAGCUCUAUGGGCGUGAGCCGCAGCUUCGGGAAAGCCUGCUGGAGGAAUUCAGGGAGGUGGCCCUGGGUGUGGGCAUCCCCGAAGACGCCAUCUUCACAAUGCCCGACAGAGGUGAAUGUGUCCCUGGAGAGCAGGAUCCAGUGCCCACUCCACUCUCGAGGGCUCGGCGGGCUGUGCUGACCCAGGAAGAGGAAGGCUCUGGGGCUGGACAACCAGUAACUAAUUUCAGCAAGAAAGAAGAGCUACUGGGCAGACAAGACAAAAGCGGGAUGCUUGGUCUCUGGGCCAUUGAUUCCUGCCAGCUGGGCUACUCACAGGGUCCUUGCCUGGGGAUGUUCAAGAGGUAUUUCUAUAAUGGUACAUCCAUGGCCUGUGAGACCUUCUACUACGGCGGCUGCAUGGGGAAUGGCAACAACUUCCCCUCGGAGAAGGAGUGUCUGCAGACCUGCCGGACCGUGGAGGCCUGUAACCUCCCCAUAGUGCAUGGGCCAUGCCGAGCCGGCAUCGAGCUCUGGGCAUUUGAUGCUGUCAAGGGGAAGUGCGUCCGCUUCAUCUAUGGGGGCUGCAAUGGCAAUGGCAACCAAUUUUACUCGGAGAAGGAGUGUAAGGAGUACUGUGGCAUUCCUGGUGAAGCGGACGAGGAGUUGCUGCGCUUCUCCAACUGA